AUGUUGUCCUACUUGACUCUCGACGUAUUCACAACAACAGGAUUUCUUGGAAAUCCACUCGCCAUUGUCUUUCUACCUCAUCCAUUUUCUGCCCAAGUCUCGCAGCAACAGAAACAAAAAAUCGCACGAGAAUUCAAUUUCUCAGAGACUGUUUUCGUUUAUGACCGGGAGGAAUCACCAGAAUCUGGCGUGACUUUUCCGAUCUCCAUAUUUAUGGUAACAGAUGAGAUACCAUUCGCUGGGCAUCCUACCGUUGGCACGGGCUGGUAUCUGUUGUCUAAAACUGGGUUGGACCAGAUAACCUUACGAACCAAAGCGGGAGAUGUAUUGGCCGCUAAAGAGGGUGACCGGGUGCGCUUAAAGGUCCCUACAGACUUCAAGGUACAUCAGCCAUAUUACAAGAAGAUGCUGAAGGAGAAACAAUUGGCAUUGGAAGACAAGGACUAUGUGAAUGGCGCAGCAGGUGCGGAAGCUGUGGUCUCUAUCGUAAAGGGCAUGUCUUUCAUCAUGAUGGAACUGUCCUCCGUGGAAGCUCUCGGGAAGCUCCAGCACUACGGUGAGCCCAUCACGAUACCUGAUGAGCAUCUGGGGGACUGGAAGGGUUUCGGUGCUUUGUACGCGUUUGUGAAUACGCCAGAUGGAACCGUCAGAACGAGGCUGUUGGAAGGCACAUUCGAAGACCCUGCUACAGGCUCGGCCGCCUCCGCACUGGGGGGCUGGCUAGGACUGAGGAAAGGUGAUGGUAACUGGAAGUUUGAUAUUGUUCAGGGUGUGGAGAUGGGUAGACGCAGUGAAAUCACUGUGUUCGUCAGCGUCCACCAAGGGGAGAUAAAAUCUAUUGAAUUAGCCGGGAGUGCCGUUCAAGUCAUGGAAGGGAAAUUGGCUGUCGUGUAA